AUGCACCCUGCCGACCAACGGAACCCAUCGGGCACACCACGCGCAGCGGCGUCGCCACCAGGCGAACUUCAGAGUUUCCAACCCCCUGUGGUUUCCCAUAGAUCAACCGGGGGUGGAUGGCAUGUGAAGUGUAGUCUGAUAUUUACUGAAGACACGGCGAAAAUGGCGAUGGAUGAUCAAGAAGCCCUUGCCCAGAUCCAGCAAAUGGUGAAGUUCAUUUUGAACGAAGCCAAGGACAAAGCCCAGGAAAUAGAGGCACGUGCGUUGGAGGACUUCAACAUUGAGAAGCUAAAGCUUGUUCAGCAGAUGAAGGACAAGAUUCGUCAGGAGUUUGACAAGAAAGCGAAAAAGCUUGAGGUGCAGCGUUCCAUCGACCGAUCGACAGCCAUCAACAAGGCACGCCUCCGCCGGAUUGCCGCUCAAGAACAAGUGGUGACCGAAGUUUAUGCUCAGUCUCAAAAGCAGCUGGCUGCCAUAUGUUCCGACACUGCCAGAUACAAGGAGCUUCUUGUAGAUCUCAUUGUGCAAGGUUUGUUACGCCUCUUGGAAUCUGAAGUAAUCAUCAGGUGUCGUGAAAUGGACCGACCAGUCGUCGAAAGUAUUCUCCCGGCCGCUGCAGCAAAGUACAGCAAAAUCCUCAACGAGGAAGCGGGGCUGAAGAAGACCGUCAAGCUUUCCAUUGACAAGUUGGGGCGGUAUCUCCCUCCUCCUCCUUCCGGCGAUAGCUCGGUGCCUUCCUGCUGUGGUGGCGUUAUAUUGCUGACUGCAGACGGAAGGAUAUCAUGCGACAAUACUCUAGAUGCGCGUUUGAGAAUGGUUGUUACGGAGUGUUCACCGGCGAUUCGCAUGCACCUCUUCACAACUCCUAUAAAGCACUGA